AUGACCAGGGAACUGCAGGCCAGCACCAUCGUAGCAUCUGGUGCUCCCAAUGAGAGCCUGAAAGUCGGCUUCUUGGGCCUCGGCAUCAUGGGCGUUGCCAUGGCCAGGAACCUUCUAAAGGCAGGCUAUGAGGUCACAGUGUGGAACCGCUCUCCUGACAAGUGCAAGCUGCUGGAGGCGGAGGGCGCCAAGGUGGCAGCUUCCCCUGAAGAGGCGGCAGCUGCCUGUGACAUCACCCUCGCCAUGCUGGCAGACCCCCCUGCGGCGCUGGCCGUGGCCGAGCAAGCAGUCAAGGGCCUCUCCAAGGGCAAGGGUUACGUGGAUGUGUCGACUGUGGACGCCGGCACCGCGCAGCACAUCUGCAAGCUGGUGCAUGCGGCGGGCGCGCAGUAUUUGGAGGCGCCGGUGUCGGGCUCCAAGGGACCGGCAGAGCAGGGAACGCUGAUAUUCCUGGCAGGGGGCGACGAAGAAUUGUACCAGAGCUCUGGGCCGCUGCUGGACGUCAUGGGCAAGGCCAAGUUCUUCCUAGGGCCGGUGGGCAAGGGGGCCGGCAUGAAGCUGGUGGUGAACAUGGUGAUGGGCGCCUACAUGGCAGCUUCCGCUGAAGGACUCGUCCUCGCAGAUGCGCUCGGCCUCAAGCAGCAGGACCUCGUGGACGUUGUGGCUCUCGGCGCUGUUGCCACCCCCAUGCUGGCUCUCAAGGCGCCUGCGAUGAUAGAUGGCAGCUAUCCGACGGCGUUCCCCCUGAAGCACCAGCAGAAGGACCUGCGACUGGCGCUCGAGGCGGCCGGAGAAAGCAGCCUCAGCCUGCCAGUGGCUGCAGCAGCCAACGACCUCUAUCUUGAGGCUCAGGCGAAGGGGCUGGGAGACGCUGACUUCAGCGCUGUGCUUGAGAGUGUCAAGCCUGCAUCUGCAUGA